AUGUCGAUACUGAGCCCGAUCCACCAAUUCUCCCAGCUAAAUGAUAUCGGCGAUUUUCUUGUUCCCAUCCUGAGUGGUAAAGCUGACUCCGCUUCUGCAAACACCAGCAGCAAGUCCGACAAAAAGGCGUCGCUUUUAGAAAAGUUUCAGGAGAAUGUCAACGAAGAUAAAGACUUGGACGAUUUGGAAAUCACAGACGAGUUGUCCUUUUCCAAAUUUUCAGGCUUGGGAAAUGGCGGUGCCUCGCGUUUCUUUACAAAACAGGAUGAGGAAAGUGGUGUCAACAGACCUUUACACUUGGGAAGUCGCCACCAAAGGGAGGAAAAAUCGUCAGCUUUGAAACUCAAGUCGGCGCCUCCGUUCAUGAGCAAUGAACGAGGUGCCAAAACUUCAUCCUUCCAGAGUCAAAAUCAGAAAACAUUUGGCUUUAAUGACACGCAAGGAAACCCCAGGGCAGCGGGCGCAGAAACGGAUUCCAAUACAAAUGCCAAUGCAAAUGUCAAUUAUCCUCCGGCUUUAAAGCUCCUUGAGUUUUUGCCACUGCAGUCGACACCGGUCCAGAAAAGAUUCUCAACAACGCAUGUCUCAUUGACACCAGCACAAAAUCACCAACAAGCUCCCACGUUUUCUUCCCAGGAAGAUACGCUCAAAAACUAUGAAAUUGGAGAGCCCAUAGGCACGGGUGCCUUUGCGAGCGUCUAUCGAGCAACAAACAUCCGCACCGGUGAAAUUGUCGCGAUAAAGAGAAUAAGAUUGGAAAAGGAUCAAGACGUGUCCACCUUGAUGGGAGAAAUUGAUCUUUUAAAGAUCUUGAGGCACCCCAACAUUGUGAAAUACCACGGCUUUACCAAGGACGCCUUCACUUUGAACGUGAUACUAGAGUACUGCAGCGGUGGCUCGUUGCGGCACGUUUACAAAAAGCGGAAAGAAGGGCUUGCCGAAAGUCAGAUCAAAGUGUACGUACGGGGAAUCUUGGCCGGUCUCUGUUACUUACACGGUCAAGGUGUAGUUCACAGGGACGUGAAAGCGGGCAAUGUGCUUUUAACUGACAAGGGGGAGGUAAAGUUGGCAGAUUUUGGAGUUGCGGCACGAGUAAGUGCCCACUACAACACGGUGGUUGGAACUCCCAACUGGAUGGCUCCCGAAACGAUUCUUGGCGGUGACGGUAUAUGCACAGCCUCGGAUAUAUGGUCCAUGGGUGCAACCAUCAUUGAGCUAUUAACCACGAAUCCACCGUACCACGACCUCAACCCCAUGGCUGCUCUUCAUGCAAUUGGAACCGACGAUCACCCUCCGUUGCCAAAGAAUUCCUCGCCCGCGCUUCGAGACUUUCUACUCGAGUGCUUUCAGAAGCUGCCAAAUUUGAGAACUAGUGCCAAGCUCUUGCUCAAGCACCAAUGGUUGACAAAUGACGAAAAUUGUGUCUUACCUAGAGACUCACUUACGGGAGGAAUACCACCAUGUGCCGAGCAGCAUUUGAGUGUUCUUGAGUGCUCCACCAGAAAAGGGUUGGAGCACAUCUACAAGACUACUACUAACCGGACUACUGGUGCUACCGGUACUACUGGUACUACUGGGAACACCGCGCGGGUGGUUAAAAGUGAUGGUGUCAGGAACCCGUCGCAACGAACAAAGCUUUCGAAAAAGGACUUGCUCAACAAAUUCCAAGAGGCUGACGAGUUUAGCGAGUACGCAUCGCAGGAUUUUGACCCUGAAAAGGCAGAGAUGAAAAUCUCGUCUCUCACAGGAGAGGAUCUUGGUGACAAGGACCCCUUUUUCGGAAUCGAUGUUCACGAUUUCGACUCUAAUGAAUUGGAAAUACAGGUCAAGAUGGAAUACCUCGUUGUAAAACUCAGCCGCAAGACUAGUCAAUUGGACUCCCACACCGAGCGAGACAUUACCACGUUGGUAAAGACCACGGGAAGAAUGUUGCAUUUGAUCAAAAAGUAUCCAUUCCUGCAUGACACCUUUGUACGAGACCACGGCGUCUUGACCUUGCUCGAGCUUCUAGGCGGGUUUCAAGAGUUUCCCAAACAGCACCAGUUGUGGUUCCAAACGAUUUCUGUUUUAAACUUUAUCUUUGAGAACAAUGUGGGCCAGUUGGAGAACUUUUGCUUUCUAGGAGGUAUCCCAGCAAUCGCGAAAUUCAGGGCCUCCACCGAUACUCGAGUCAGGCUACAGGUGGCACGAUUCAUCGAUUGCUUAAAUGUGUCGAACCGCGCAUUAUCCAUGUUUGUCUCUUGCGGUGGGCUCCGCUUGUUGUCUAAGCUCAUGGAGGAAGAAUUCGACGCUGCACCUCAAUUUGCGCUCACGGUUGUCGUCUCGAUACACACAAUUCUCGCCAAGGACGUGAGUCGGUCCAAAUCGGAUCUCUGUCGGAUAUUGGCCAAAUACGGUGUCUUGUUAAAGUUUGUCACCUUGCUUAAUCGCUUGGUGGCAAUUCAAUCUUCGAGGCUGUCUUGCGAAGGAGAUAUAAAAAUGGACCAAGCUCGAGUCUUGGAGGCCAUGGACAAAAUUGCAGACGUGAUGGGGUUCUUUAGCCAAUCUGAAGCUCAAGUGCGGACCUCAAUUGCGAGCGUGGAGAUCUUCAAAAUGCUCUUCAACGUUUAUGACAAAUUGGCAUUCCAUCAACAAAUGGUGGUUCUCAAGUUUAUCAAAUCCAUGUCGUGCAUAUCGGACGUUUUAAAACAUCUCUACAAGGGUGAUGUUUUGCAAUUUCUAGCUAGAAUCCUUGAGAAUUGCGUGUACCCCAAAUUGAACUACAAGGAGAUCAUGAGUGUUGUCUCGCCCAUUAUAUAUAAUUGCCUUUCAUUGAACAAUGCCCGUGAGGCCGAGUUUCUCGAUUUGGGGACGCUCCCCUUUUUGAAAACCUUGUCGCAAAUGGACCUACCGUUUCGGCAGUUUCUUCUCCCCAUCAUGUGUGAAAUAGUUUACUGUGACAGCAGAGUGAGAGCUAAAAUGAAACGGUUCGACAUUCUUGGAGUCUACUACAAUUUGGUGCUAGAUCCCUACUGGCAAUCAAACGCGUUGGAGUCCUUGCACCAUUGGAGCAAAGUGGACCCCACUUACGUCAACAUUGACCUCUCGGCCUCUGCAGAUUGCCUCGCGGCGGGGUUCUUGUUACCAAAAGUGGCAAAUUUGGAGUCUGCAUUGGAUGUUUAUCUUGAGUUGAUCAGUCGAGGCAAAAACUUGUUAAAGACGAUGCUGCAGCCGGGGAUUGUAAAGAAUCUUUUGAGCAAAUUACGAGCUCACUCGCAGAGCCCGGUUGUUCAAUUGCUGCUUUUGAAGAUUUUGAAACCGAUUGUUAACAACUACCGCGGUGUGACCACUGUUGUGGACAAAAUGUCCGUCUACAAAGAAGUUGCCGACGCCUUGGUGAGUCUCGAGCUGCGUAAGAACUCAAUCUUGAUUGACGAAGUUGCUGGCGACAUUGUCGAAACGAUCAGAGUGAAUGGAGGUUGGUGA